GAUACAGGUUAAUUUGUAAUGAUAGUGUUAAUUACAUAUUCAUAUUAAUAAGUUUGAGUUUCUUGUGGUGUCUCAUUCCUUGCCGAGGAGUGACGGGAGGAGUCAAGAUGACGGAACAUAAAGAGAAAUGUGAGGGGAAGGACUCGGAGGGACACGAAGUCAAAUACCAUGGGUUCGGCGUCCGCCACGUGCAGAUGAUCUGCAUGUCGUUCACCAUGAUAGCUCUCCUGCUGGCGCGCAGCAGCAUGGGGGUCGCCAUCCUCGCCAUGACCGAUGUCAAACACCAUAACGGAUCUACUGCCGAGGUGUACGAAUGGGACAAGAAGAUCCAGGGUCUGAUCCUCUCAUCGUUCUUCUGGGGCUACAUGUGCAUGCAAGUUCCUGCCGGAGUACUAGCCAAGAGGUUCGGAGGCAAACCCAUCCUGCUGGUAGCACUCUUGGCCAACGGAUGUCUGACUGGACUCUUCCCCGUAUUAGCUAGUUUGGGUGGUUGGCCACUAGUCUGCGUGACGCGUGUGAUGAUGGGGCUGACGCAGGCGUGCCUGUUCCCGGCCAGCCACACACUCCUCGGCAGGUGGCUGCCGACCAGCGAGCGGACCACUUACACUGGCAUCGUGUACUCAGGAUCACAAAUAGGCACAAUAAUAGCGAUGCCUCUGUCAGGCUACCUGUCAGAAACAGCUCUAGGCUGGAAGAUGAUCUUCUACGUGACCUCAGCGAUCAUGUUCCUGACGUCAGCGCUGUGGUACUGGUUCUCAGCUAGCAGUCCUGGAGAGCACUCCAUGAUGACUGAGGAGGAGAAGAAUUUUAUUGAAAUGGGACUUGAUACUAGUACGGAGUCAAGACAACGGCAAGCGACCCCUUGGCGCGAGAUAUUCCGCACGCCCGCGCUGUGGGCGAUCAUGGUGUCCCACGUGGGCGGCAGCAUGGUGUUCAUCCUGUUCUUCGUGGACCUCCCCACUUAUUUGGAGAGGGGCAUGAAUAUUUCGCUGAGAAAUAGUGCCACAUUGUCAGCAUUACCAUUUAUCGGUAUGUGGGUGGGUUCCAUCGGCUCCGGUAUAGUCUGCCAGAAGAUUUACAACAAGGGCUGGCUACCACUGGGUGUUUGUAGAAAAAUAUUCAAUUCGUUAGCUCUGGUCGGUGGAGGUAUCGGUAUAAUCUGCCUCGCGUUCCUGGGUCCUGAGCACAAGAACAUAGUCGUCGGGAUCCUGGUCAUGGUGUUCUUCUUGUUUGGAUUCAUCUCGGCUGGGUUUAUGGUGAACCAUUUGGAUCUAUCGCCACAGUUUGCCGGCGUGUUGCUAUCUCUGACCAACUUCGCUGGAGGUAUCGGCAGCAUCCUCACUCCAGUUGUUACCAGUUACAUAUUACAGAAUGAUCCAUCGGACAUCAGUCGCUGGAGGAUCGUGUUCCUACUGUUCGCGUCCAUGGGCAUCGGCACCAACCUCAUCUACGUCAUAUUCGGGAGCUCCGAGCGACAACCCUGGGACAGUCCCGACUUCAAGGACAGGAGGAAAGCUGAUCCAGAGGAAAUGGCUCCAGUGUUGGACAAGAAAGUUGAGAAAGAGUUGGAAGUUGACAAACAGUAACUGCGAGUAUACGAGUAGGUACCUACUUAAUCAAUGGAGAUUGAAAAGUUUAUAAGCGCAGUGUGGACACAACCUAAGAUGUUGUUCCUGGAUCUGGUGACAAGAAUUUAGUAAAAAAAUUAGGUAACGUGAAUUAUAAGGAUAGUUCUGUUCUAUAUGUAGUCCAGAUGAAUGAUGCAGAGGAUCAGAGCAGGCUUCAAAUAUUAUUUGUUGUUUUGUGUAUAUUUUCUGUUGUGUUACGUCUUUAUUGUCAGCGGAAUAAGACCCAAAAGUUAGGCAGUUAAAAUAUUCGUUGCUCUUUUGCUGGUUACAUUUAUAAAACGUACCCAGUUGUAACUCGAAGAGUAACUGUGUUUUAUACUACUUACCAAAGUAUAGUAUCACAUAUUCAUAGGCAUAUUUACCGCCUUACUCAGAGUCGUUUUAUGGUUACUUAACCCAGCAAUUGUUUUCGAUACUAAAUCGUUACUGAGGAAUAGUUGAAGUAAUCAUCAAAUGUCACUGAGUACGGCCGUUAGAUAUUUAGUCAAAAGUAUUUAGUAGGUAUAUUUCAUUUGAACUGGAGACUCGAAUUAUGGAAAGUAUUUCAAAAGAACGUGUGAGCGAGACAGAAUGUGUUGAUAUUAUGUACUGACUAAGUUUAUUUCAUUUCAUUAUAAGUAGGUAUGUGUGUAGUAUAGUGUCCUGCUAGUCCUAAUUUUAGAGCCGACAUAUUGUGCUGUUGUCACAGAAGUACAAAACAUUUAGACGUCGCGGUAGGUUUUAUUAUAGACCUUAUUUCCUUGAAAUAAAAUGCAUAUUAGUUUUAAUGUGGUAGAAUUAAAAGUGUGGCGUGGUAGUGUUAAUGCGUGGCUGUGGCACAAAGAGUGGAGACACAUUAAUGUAAUUGGAAGGAAAGCACUUAUUCACUGCGUACAUAUAAAGUAAAAAACUGUAAACUAGUUUGCUUUUCCUCCAGAGAUAUGCUAUGCUACGUUGUAUACUGCUAUUUUAUGGUACAUAUAACUUGGCACUAGUGGAAACGGACUCAGCUAAGCUAUGCUUUUUAUAUGAAUGAAAGAUGCGUGCUAUGCAUAUACAUCGCAUACUCGAGCUGCGCAUCUUCUUCGCACAUCUAGAUAGCUUAGUAUCGGUGGGAACGGUCAUAUAGUUUCUCAGCUCACCAAUUACAUCUAUGUAGGAUAGCUACAUAGCACGUCUGUGGUGGAAAAGCACCCUACUUCUAGGAAAAAACGUUGCGCAAACAUAUGUAUUGUUACUGCAAAUGUUCUAACUGAUGUUUACAGGAAAGGAAAAUUUUUAAAAUGUUAAAUUUGUCAUUAUAUCGAACAUUUAUAUUAUUAAUUGGAUUUUAUUUUUGUGUCAAUUUAUAUUUGUGCCUGAUAAUGUUUGUAUGUGUGUGUGUUUGUUGUAAAAUAGGAUGAGGAAUUACCUACUUGUUUAAACUGUUGUUGUAAUAAUGUAAUUUAAUGUGGUUAUUGUACAGUGAAGAGAAAUAAAAUAAAACAAAGAUAUUAAAUAAUAUAUAGUGACGA